UCGUUUUUUUCCGAGCGUCGUCUGCUAACAGCCCUCCCCUCCCUCUCUUCUCCCCUCCUGUCAUAACAUAAACAAACAGAACAGAACGAAACGUUAGGUUAGUUUUGUGCCUCUUCAGUUUAAUAGUUGGAGAUCAAAGAUGGGGAAAAUACGAUAUUUUUGUGAAUACUGUGACCGAUCGUUUCUGGAUGAUCUAGCAGCAAGGAAAAAACACCUGACUGGAACUCAACAUGCUCGUAUGAAGAAGCAAUACUAUUUGCCUUAUAGAAGUGCAAAGGAAAUCUAUGAAGAUGAGGUGGGCAAGGAGCCUUGCAGGAAACACCUUAUGCAGAACAUGUGUCCUUUCGAAGACAGCUGCAAAUAUUCUCACUAUACCCCAACUGAUUUAGAAAGGCUUCGUCAACAUGCGCAAGAAGAUGCCAAGUCAAUCAAAUCGGAGGCUGUGAAUGAAGCAUUGAAAAACCUCCCUGACACAGCUAAGGUUAAUGACUGGCUGUCAACCUGGAAAACUAAGCAGGCAGCUGAAGCAUUAAAGCCUGCGAAACCGGCUGUUCAGGCAGUCUCGAAAGCAUGGUCCACCAACGUGCCACCGCAGCUAAGGGAGUGGCGUGACCUUCCCCCUUCCCUACAGCCAUGGAACUCAUUCAAUCUUCAAAAUAUUCAUGUUGAAGACUGGGGAUAGUGUUGAGUAUUCUUCUGUUUUCAGACAUUUCUGUGAAUGAACUUUCUUGACUGCUUACUUGUUUUGGAUUUUAUUUGUGAAUAAAAUUUUAUUUUUAUUGUAUGAA